AUGGAGGCAGGUGCCCAGGCGCAUUUGGAACAGCUCAUCAGCUCCAUGCAGACCGCCGGUCGCACGGAAACGGCGGAUGUGUUGAGGCGGGCCAAGGACGAGUUUGCACGCUCGCUGUGGUGUGAGAUGACGGACGACCUGCUGCUGGCCGUGCGUGACCCCAUGGUGCUGGAGUCUGGCUAUGAACUGCACGAAAAGGUCUUGAAGGUGACGCGAAUGGACAUGUCCCCCAUGGCCUACGUCAAACUUUUGCACUACAUCUGCUUCAGCCCAAAUAGCACGCUCCCAAAGGCGUUGGAGCUCCUCGACGGCGCCAUCGCCUCGCUUGCCGCAAGUUCGGAGCAGGGCGAGAAUGUGGCCAAUUGCAUUCGGGCCCUCUUGCUGCUGGAUAGGUACAACGAUGACUCCUCUGCGCCCGCGGGGACGGCCGCCUCAGAGGCGCGCAGCAUCCUUGACCGGGUGGAGAGUUUUAUCCACUCCAAGCAGAUGCAUGAGGUGGAGCCUGUUUUAGCCGCACUGCAUUGCCAGGCCCGCGGGAAGGACUACGAGAUACGCCAGCAGUACACCAAGUAUUACUCCAACGCCUUUGAAACCGUGAAGUGUGCGGAACGUGCGGAGAUGCCGAUCAUUGAAAGUGACCUCUUGUCGCUUGCCUACAAAACUGCCCUGUCGGCGUUACUCUCGGAGGAAAUUUAUAACUUUGGUAAGUUCCUUAACGACCGCCGCUUCACGGAGCGACUCGCGGCCUCGGCGGAGCACGUGUGGAUUCUCGAGUGGCUGCGUCUCUGUAACGAUGGCAAGGUGAAGGAGUUUGAACAGUACGCCGCCGCGCACCAGGCGGAAAUUGCGGCGAAUUCGAUCCUCUCCAACGCCUUUCCGUCCAUCGCGAAGAAGGUGCGACUGAUGGCUCUUCUUCACCUCGUCUUCUACACCCCAUUUAACGAGCGCACCUUCACUUUUGAUGUGGUUGCGCGGCGUUGCGCCGUUGACGAGGAACGGGUGGAGCCACUGCUCCUGGCGGCGCUAGCGCAGGGCAUUAUCAUGGGGAAGAUCGACGGCCUCACGCAGGAGGUGCACAUCACGUGGGUGGAGCCACGCGUGUUGAGUCUACAGGAAGUGAAGGAGCUUGCCGUGCACGUUUCGCGCUGGAAGGAGAAAACAUUGGGACUCAUGCAGUGCAUGACGGAGGUGGCGCAGGAGACGCCGAAAUGA